UCAAAGUAUGUGGUACUGGUGGAUAUUUUCUCCACCAGCUUACCAGCUAUUUUAGUAGGAGUGAUCAGGAUACGUGCUUUGUGGAGUGAAUUACAUUCGACAUGUGUAUAAGGAAUAAGAAGGAAGUAAACUAGGUAAAUAAGGUGGUGUAAUUGAGACUGGUGCACACUGCACCAACGGCGAACGAAAGAACCCGUAUGGAAGUUCUGCCAUGACGUCACAAAAUGAUAUUUGCAAAAGGGGACUUCAAAAGUAGAUUUGAGGCUAUCCUCUUUAGUAGUGUCAGGCAUGGAUGAUUCCCUCCACAUGACGUUGACAGUUAGAGUUAACCUAACCUCAACCUCAAACCAUUUUAAAUGUAAAAUAUAAAAUAAAAUGAAACAUUAUUGGUUAAUUAUACUUAAGGAACCUUAUUAUGUUUACAAAUAAUAUAAUAAAUUAUUACUUUAAGUUUAUUUUGUGAUAUAAACUUUGCUAAAUAUAAUAUGUAUAAAGUUAUAUUAUUUAAUUUAAGGUUACAUAAAUGUCCUGCUACAGGAGCUGGCAAUUUAUUUUUAAAGUAUUACAAGAACGGCGUUAAUUUUAUUGUACCUACAACUUCCUAUGUAAAUCAAACCAAAGCAAAAUCGUCACCACCAAUUUUAUCUCAAUUAACACAAGAUGAUAUAUCACAAUCAAUACCCAGUUGUAUGCCUGAAAGACCUAAAAUCCUCCCAGACAUUCGACCAACACCUUCCACUAAUACCUCAAAUCUUGUUCGACAUUACAUGAAACUAUCCAAAAUAAGGCUUACCUCAUUAGUAAUAAUUACAUCAAUGGCUGGAUAUGCAGUUGCACCAGCUCCUUUUGAAUUUACCACAUUUUUAUUAUGUGCUGUGGGGACUGGUUUGCUCUCUUCAGCAGCAAAUUCUAUAAAUCAAUUUCAUGAGGUGCCAUUUGAUGCUCAGAUGUCAAGAACAAAAAAUAGAGUACUAGUUUGUGGUCAGUUAACGCCUUUACAUGCGAUGGUUUUUGCCCUAGUCACCAGUGCUUCUGGACUUGCAAUUUUAAACUAUGGUGUAAAUAGUUUGACAGCUGGCUUGGGACUUACAAACUUACUAUUGUACACUUCAGUAUACACCCCAUUAAAGAGGAUAAGCAUUUUAAAUACCUGGGUUGGAUCUAUUGUUGGUGCUAUUCCUCCUUUGAUGGGUUGGGCAGCUUGUGCUGACUCUCUUGGACCUGGAGCUUGGUUAAUGGCUGCUUUACUCUACAGUUGGCAGUUUCCCCAUUUCAAUGCUCUAUCUUGGAACCUAAGACCAGACUACUCAAGAGCAGGUUACAGAAUGAUGGCUGUUACAGAUCCAGCACUAUGCAAAAGAGUUGCCCUAAGACAUACUGUUGCCUUACAGGCAAUGUGUACGAUUGCUCCUUUUUUGGACACUACUAAUUGGUGGUUCUUAUUAGAGGCAACUCCACUUAAUUUGUACUUUAUUUAUUUAGCUUACCAGUUCUACAAAGAUGCCUCCAGUUCGUCUUCACGAAAACUAUUUAGAUUUUCUUUAAUUCACUUGCCAUUGUUAAUGAUGCUAUUUUUAGUGAAUAAAAAAAAGUGGUUCUUAUUUAAAGAUCAGGAAAAUGAAACUGAAAGGACAGAAGUAGUGAGUGAUUGUUGACAGUGUUUUAUUUUAAAAUAGAUCAUUACUGUAAAUACAA